UUAUAUUCUAGAGUUCUCCUUUAAGAAUUUAAAGAGAACUUUAGGAUAAUAAGAUUCUCCUGCGUUACUUGUAACCAGUCAGCAGGUGGCGCAAAAGUUAAAGGAUUUAUUGUCAUCAAGAGGAAACCACAAGAGGGAGGAGAAACCUUGCGCAGUUUCACUUUCGAUUUUCAAGAAUGAGAUCAGAAACUAAAUUCUAUGUACAGAUAAUAAUCAAGACGCAUCCAAGAGACCGAGCAGAGGAAUCCAGAGGACAAGACAUUCAGGUUACACAACCAGAUCAGUAACUGAGAAUGGAUUCUUCUUUCGACAUAAUCACUGAUGAAGAAGUGCAGGAAGUAAGGUCUGCUUUAGAAGAUGGUGACCUCUGUAAAGCAACUGAAAGAAUCAGUGAGUACCUUGAGGAAAUAGAAAAUGCCCCAUUAAACAUCGCCAUCACAGGGGAGUCAGGAACAGGAAAGUCUACUUUUGUCAAUGCCAUCCGUGGCAUGGAUGAUGAUGAAGAAGGUUCUGCCAGAACCGGUGUGGUGGAGACAACGAUGAAGCCAACGCCAUACACACAUCAGCAGUAUCCCAACGUAACUGUUUGGGAUCUUCCAGGAACAGGAACUCCACAUUUUGCGGCAGCCGAUUAUCUUGAAUCUGUUCAGUUUCGUCAAUACGACUUUUUCAUCAUCCUGUCAUCAGAACGCUUCAAGCUAAAUGACAUUGUCCUAGCAAAGGAGAUCCAAGCUAUGAACAAAAAAUUCUACUUUGUGAGAUCCAAAGUUGACUCCGACUUGCAUGCCUCCCAGGUACGGAGGAAGAAGACUUACAAUGAAGAGGCCAUACUGAAAGAAAUCCGAGAUAACUGCAUUAAUAAUCUCAGUGAUGGGGGAAUCGCCAAGCCCCAAGUGUUUCUCCUCUCAUGCCUGGAACUGGACAAGUACGACUUCCAUGAAAUGCAGAAUACUCUAGAAAAGGAGCUUCCGGAACACAAGAAACACAUAUUCCUGAUCUCUCUACCCAACAUUUCUCUGCCGAUUCUAGAGAAGAAGCGCGAGGCUCUGAGGAAAGAAAUAUGGAAGUUGUCUACUCUUUCUUGUGCAGUGGCUACGGUCCCCAUCCCCGGACUGUCUGUAGCUGUUGAUGUAGGAAUUCUGGUAAAAGCCAUGAGAAACUACCAGAGUGCUUUUGGCUUGGAUGAACAAUCUCUAGAAAAGUUGGCCAACAAGUGUGGUAAAGAUGUCAGUGAGUUACGAUCUGUGAUAAAGUCCCCUUUAGUUGUACAAGAGAUAAAUAAAGAGCUUGUCCUCAAAUUACUAAGCAAAGGGGCCGGAGGGGCUCUCAUGCUCGCUGAGUAUGCUGCUAGCAAUAUCCCAGUGCUAGGUAGCAUGGCAGCAGGGGGCAUCUCAUUUGGUACCACAUACUGGAUGCUCCUUGGAUUCCUUAAAGAGAUUGCCGAAGACGCAGUGCGUGUUCUUACGAAGGCAUUAGAGUCAGACGUGUAAGAAUCUUUCUCACUAAAAAUUAAAAGUACGGACAGGACAGGAUACAACAACACAAUUUAGGGCAGUAAUUACAAUCCUGUUCAAUGAAUUAUAUAUGUAAAGCAAUAAAUUGAUUCAAGUCUGUUUACCUUGUAUACAUUAUCUACGUGUUUGCUAUUGUUCCUUACAUUUUCAUUUCUAUCUCUUCAUUUGGAAAAAUAUGGCUUAAAGGGGUACUCCGCUGCUCAGCGUUUGGAACAAACUGUUCCGAACGCUGGAGUCAGGAGCUCGUGACAUCAUAGCCCCACCCCCUCAAUAC